UCUAUGAGUUUGGGCUUUAAUGGCCCGCAAUUUUAGCUGAACUUGAGCACAAAGGGCCUGCCCCAACUCAAAGCAUCAUGAUUCGAGAUAGGUAAGGCCCAAACUGCAACAAAUGCUGUCUGAAAGAAAAAAGGAACUGCAAAGCAAUCUUGUUCUCCAAGAACUUCACAGAAUCUUGAUUUUGCGGGUGUGUACAGUAUAUAUAUAUAUAAUCUCUUUAUCGUUAGACCUUUUGUUAUUGUUUCUAUAUGCAAAAUGGAGUUUAUCGUCGAAGAAGGCAAACAUCCCUACGGCGAAUGCUCCAGUCUGAUCCUGCCAGCGUUGUCGAUUGGGAAUGUGGGGCAACUGGCGGUGGAUCUACUCAUAUCGUCGACGAGAGCGGAGAGAAUUGGUUUCUUGGAUGACCCAAAUGUUCUUCCUUGUGUUGGCAAUGAUGCUUAUUGCCCUACUCCACUAGGCCACCUUGUUCUCCCUCUUGAAGCUUAUGAUUCGCCUUCUAAUGCAUUGACUCUUGUGCAACAACGAUCUCCGGUUGUGAAGGGGAUGAUGGUUGAAUUUGCCAAGAAUGUGGCUGACUUUGCUGCUGUUAGUGGAAAGAAGCACGUUGUGUUGCUGUCUGGGUUAGAUUUUGGUCGGUGGCAGACAAUCGAUAUGUCAAGUGGUUUGCAGAUAUAUUAUCUUUCCAGUGCCAAUAUGGAAGGAACUGAUGACAACUGUGAAAGACUUGGAUGGAAGAGACUGCAGGAAUAUAACCCUGCUCAGAGGGGGUGGCAGUAUCUUAGCACCUUAGCUGAGGGUAAUGCCAAGCAGGAUGAGAAUUUGCCUUCUGAAGAUGAACUAGGAGAAGAAGAUUACUACCCAAGUUUGCCUUUUGCUUCAAUGUUUUCUUGUCUCAAGGCCAAAGGAUUGAGCGUCACUUGCUUAUUAUGUUACUGUUCAGAAGGGGACAAUACAGCCGAUGCUUUCCAACUGGCUGAGGCAGCAUGCAAACUUUUGAAACUAAGUCCUAAUAACUUUCAUGGCAAUGAAGGUGGCAAAUGGAUUGUUCCAUUUUCAUGGAAGACUGUUUAUGGCCCUCCUCCAGAUGUAUCUCUUUUUUGAGGUGGACCUGUAUAGGUAAUUGUUUUGUUUUUCUGCCGUGUCUGUGUGAUUUCACUAAUUGCUUUAAACCCGUACACAGUCAGUCUGUAAUGAGAUAAAGAUAACAUUUGUCGGUAGGCAUGUAUCAAUUUGACUGAGGGAGAGAGAAGGUUGAAUAACUUUUUGUAGUGCAUUGAUGUUGAGAAUCAUGUGAAGUAAGGUUGAAUAGUUUUUGUGGUGAUAUUUUUUUGUGAGGGCACUUCUGUGUUCACGAUUUUUGCAGUAUGGAAUUGAAUCAACCUUGUUUGUUUU